AUGGAAAGUAUUGCAAAAGAAGUUAAAAUUUUUCGCGAAAAUAAUGGAACAAUUAUUUCAAUAAUAUCAAGUGACAAUAUGACGAAAACAUGUGCUACAAUUAAACAAGAUCAAUCAACAAAUAAGUCAAACAAUAGUACAGGCAUAACAAUUAAUGAUCAGCAUAAUGAAACUGAAUUCAUGGAUACAAAUGAUCAAAUUUUAUCANUAUUUGAAUACUUUCAUGGUCUUAAUAUGCGUUUAGAUAAUCUCAUUUUCAUGCAUUUUCAAACAUCAUCGAAACAAGCUUUCGAAACUGUCUGCCAACUUGAAGAGCAUCAAUGGUUUGCUAGAUAUCAUUACAAUCUAGAUGAUAAUUCCAACAUGAUUUGUCUAUACACAUUACCAGAUAGCUUUUCCUAUCUGGCUAUUGCUUUUCCUAUUCAUUCUAAAUCAACUGGUUCCAAUAAUGAUGACGAUUAUUUGUCAUAUGCUCAUGCUCAACGUUAA